AUGAUAAAAAGAGUAAGAAGAGCUUGUUUAAAUUGUCGAAACUCCAAAGUUGCUUGUGACCAACAAAGGCCUUGCACAAGAUGUGUAAAGCAAGAAAUAGGUCAGACUUGUUAUGAUUUACCUAGAAAAAAAAGGGAAAAAAAAAUUAAAAAUCCUCAAACAUUAAAUGGUAAUAAUAGUAACAAUAACAAUAGCAAUAGCAAUAGUGGUAAUAUAAAUCACAAUUCAAAUAGUUGUUGCAGCACGUCUAGUGGCCAUAAUUCAAAUACCCCAAGCCCUAACCAUAAAGAGCACAAGAAUAAUGAUCAUAAUAAUGUGAACAAUAAUUCUAUUCCUAACCCCAAUAACAAUGUUUUAAAGAAUAAUAAAAAUCAACCAUCUCAAUCAUCUAUUGUUAAAUCACCCAUUUUAAAUUUCCUCUCAAAUAAUCCAUCUAUUAAUAACCCGAUUUCGACAAUAUCAUCAAUUAUCUCAAAUAGUACAAAUUCAAGUAAUGCUUGUAUUAAUCAAUCUUCGGAGGUAUCAACUCCUCCAUUCUUGGCGUCCAGGGUAUCAAAUUCUUCUUCUGUUAAUUCCUCAUCCACUACUCCAUUACAAACACCAUCUGUUACAUCUUCACAAAUUUAUCAACCACCUACACCUCCUCUUGUUCAAUUAGUCGAUUUAAAUAAUAAAAAUAAUCUUAAAAGAUAUUCUGUUGAAUUUACCCCAUAUCAAAUAGCCAAUAAUAUUACAACAAAUUCAAUGAACCCGAAUGGAAACAAAAUAAACAAUAGUAAUAACUAUACUGGCACAUCAAAUGUAUAUUCUAACCCACCAUCAUCUUCCCCAUCAUCAUUAUCACCAAUAUCCUCAUCGAUUAACUUUAAUAUAAAUAAUAAUAAUAAUAAUAAUAAUAAUAAUAAUAAUAACAAUAACAAUAGUAUUAAUAAUGGUAUUGGCCAUAAUGGUAAUAAUAUUAACAGCACCAACAAUAAUAAUAAUAGUAAUAGUAAUAAUAAUAAUAAUAAUAAUAACAAUAUUAACAAUAAUAAAAACAAUAAUAACAAUAUUAACAAUAACAAUAAUAAUAUUAGCAAUAAUAUAAGUAAUAGUAGUACCAAUAAUAACAAUAAUAUGAACAAAGGUUUAAAAAAUAAUAAUGAAAUUUUGCCCUAUAGUUAUAAUUCAAACUAUUGUAAUAAUACCAACCAAAAUUUGGUUUUUUCAAAUAGCCAAAUAAAUAUCAACAAUAAUAUAAAUCACCCAUCAUCUCCUUCAGUAGUUCCUAACUCACCAUUAAAAAGAAGUUUUCAAAAUAUUUCAUCGAAUCUUUAUAAUAUAAAAAAACGAAGCAACUCCGUUAAUGGACUCUUAUAUACUCCAAUGAAUGGUACCUCGAUUCCCUAUAAGCCGAUUUUAAAUAACAAUGGAGGUAUUGAUGUCAAUAUUGAUCAUUAUGGAAGAUUCUGUGGAACAACAACUUCAGCUACCCCCAAUGAGCAAAUAUAUAGUGGUAUUGACACUGGAAGCUCACCAAUAGCCAACUAUGACUAUGCUAAUAGAAGUAUGACAUCAAAUCAACACAGUCCUAUUUACUCUAUACCCAACCCCUCAUCGAUUAAUGUUCAAAACCCGAGUACUCCAGCUGGGUAUAGCACAAUUAGUGGGAAUGAUCAUGAAUAUCAUGUUGUACCAGUAUCAUCGACAUCAUCUUAUUUAGAUUCUGGAGCUAGUUAUAUUUAUUAUCCUGCCACUGUAUCCUCCACAAGUGCUCCAAAUUUAACUUCAUCACCCAACUCCAAUAGUCCAAUUGGAAAUGGUUUAUCAAAUUUAAAUUUAACAGAAGGAUAUUCUUCUAGCAAUAAUAACAAUAAUAAUAGCAAUAAUAUUAACAAUAUCAAUAAUCAAAAUAGUAUGAACACACAAUCUUCAAAUAUAAGUGGCUCCACAAUGGUACAUCAACAACAAAUGUCAACUAUUCAACAAGCCCAAGCAAAACCAGUUUAUCAAUCAUAUAAUCAAAACUCUCAUUCAAACCAAUAUUAUUCGAGCUAUUCAAUGCAAAAUACCUCAUCACAAGCUCAACAAAUGAUAUCACAACCAAAUCUAAUUAAUUAUAAUAAUAACUCAUCCCAUUUAACACAACCAAUAGCAACAAAUAAUCACCAAUCUGAUCAAAUUCAAUACUAUAAAUAUAAUAACCCGUCACAACACUUUUAUAUUGAUCCUCAAACAAAUUUACAAUAUCAAACUAAUUAA